GUGACGCAAAGAUGGGGAAUUUCUAUGCGCAUAUAGAUGAAGGUAUUGUUUUCUUUGCGGUUGCGCUUUGGUGGAUGUUUAAAAUGUAUAAAAAUUAUAUCCAGUCCUUAGAGGAGAAACGCUCGUACAGGUCCUAUUGUUCAUAUUACUCCAUGCUAAAAGGAAGGCAUAUUCCGGCAGAGAUUAUACUAAAAAUUGUCUUUCCAAUUGGAGGACUGCUUGCUGAAGUACUAAGCACCGACAGUUUUGUGGACAAAAAUGGCAACUUCCGGAAUAUUGGUAAAUUCCACCACAUCAGUAUCUUUGCUCUUUUUAUAUUACACGGUGUGUCAGAUUUUCUGGAAUACAGUAAAUUUCCAGCUGUAAAAGGAAUGAAAUACGUCACUGGUGCUAUUGCUUUCUUAUGGUAUGGAGUGGCAUUUUAUUUCCACAGUAUGCCUGACAUGGGGAAUCCACCACUAGAGAACAUCAUGCACAGAUUGCUGGUUCCACUCCUUUUAAUAACUGGCAUAUCAAUUAUGUUUGAAUUUGGAUUCAGGAACAGUAUAAUACCACAGAUAGUGCGAUGUUAUUGUGUUUUAUGUGCAGGAGAAUGGAUUAUUAUUACAUCCUUUGUGUUGUUUCUACCUACACCAUUUCCAGGCCAUCGAAGAAAUCCAGCGUGGGACCAGAAUGAAAUAUCCAAUGUGCGUUUCAUGGAAGCUGCAGUUGGAUUUAUGCUUGUUGCUAAUAUAGCGUUCAUGAUUAUUUCAUACACCUUGAUGGUGCUGUACAUGAAAUAUGCGAGAGUUUGUUCCAAGAACAGAGAAACGUUAAUAUACAGAUAUGUACCACUGGAAAACUUAGAGAAGGAUGAAUGUUGAAUUAAAUUCAGCGAUGUGGUUGAAAUGAGGGUGUGAAUAGCACUAAUCGAUCGGCAUUAGAACCAAGUUCAUUUCUUCUAACACAUUUCUCUGUAAAACGUUUGUAGUACCAAUCCUAACAACUACGCAUAUUUUCGCUCCAAGUAAAAAUUUGUGAUGAUAAUUGCAACUGUAUUGUUAGAAAACAAACAGAUACUUGAUUGGCAUUUGCUGAAUUGUAUAACUGUUGUUAUCAAACCUUAAUUUCACAUGGAAGUGGUGCAUUUAACUUCUUGUCAUGAGAAAAGCCAUUAUUCAAUAAUUACUAUAUGUUUCCAUAAGUAAGUCAUUAACUAAUAAGAUGUUAUUGAAAUUUGAAAGGCAUAUUCAAUCUCAGUUUGCAAAAGUUACAAUUUAGAGUGUUUAGAUUUUGCUUAUUUGUCAUUAAGGGACUCCUUUUCCCAGCCACCGGCCCAAUGUUCCAAGCGUUUCCUGUAGAAGUUUAAUUUAACCAUAUUUUAUUUUAUAUAACUGUAGACAUAAUUAAACAUGCAAAAUGGUUGCACCACAUAUUUUAACAACAUUAGUUGAAGGACAGUCGAAGAAGCUUGUAGUACGACUUAUUCCAUUUGUAAAAAUGAUUCAGUGUGUUGUAUUAACAAGGGCGCGCUGACUAUUUCGAUAUAACAUAAUAAAAAUGGAAACAUCUGUAAAAAAAAUCAGUAAAGUUAGAUGUUGCAUUUAACGAAAAUGUAUGAAUGUUUUUAAUGAUGUCCAUAAGAAUGUUGACCUUAAAUUCCAAUCAAGGGAACAUUAAAUAUAGCAUAUCUGUAACUGUUUAUAUAGAUCUACUUAGUACGUAUUUAAUUUUGUCAUAUGUUUGAAGUCAUGGAUGUGAAUAAAGUCAUGGAAUAUUAUUUCUUUUACACUAGUGAAAUAACAGAUUGACGUAGACACUAUUAUAAGUAUAGAAUACGUUGGUUAA